AUUUAAGCAAAAUGGCGGAUGACGAAUGUUAACAGCGCUGGGUAAUCAUUGAAAGAAUAAUAUGGCUACACAAAAGCCAGGCGAAUGGGUUCAGUCGUUAAUAAACAGAUUUGAUGCCCAGUUGCCUAUAAAGACAGGGUUGCACACAACACAAGCAAUUCAGAAUGUGGAACAAAAUAAAGAGUGUUUGAUCAACGUUUCACGAUACAAAUUUAGGGAGGUCAUCAAUGGUUUGACUAAAACUCUGCAGUCUGUCAACAACACUCGCAUCAUUGGUCAGGAGGCAGAGAGGAACUACUUUGAGUCACAGCUGAUCAUCCUUGAUACCUUGGUAAAAGUUCUCAACUCACAACCCAAGGACACCUCCAGGCUGGAUGAAGCAAUCUAUGUAAAAUUGCUGCUACCUGAAAUUUGCAAGUUUCUCAAUCUCCAAAAUGACACACCCUAUGUUCUGCAGCUGAAAAGUCUUGCAUCAAAGGUUCUUUUUGCACUCAGUCUCAAUGCAUUCAACGCAGUCUUCAGUCGUAUCUCAGCCAAGUUGAUGACAUUGUCAACAUGUAGCGAGGACCAGUCAGAUCUCUCGGACCUGGAGCUUAUACAGCAUCUCAAUGUAGAUGUUACUCGACUCACCAAGUUGCUUAGUGAUGUGGUGUCCAAGUUCCGACUUCUGCGCUCUAAACAGGUUAUAUCUAACCUGGCACAUAAUCUGGAGAAGGCCAUUUGGAACUGGAUGGACAACUAUCCAGAAGAGUUCACAGAUCUCCAGAAAAGACCAAAUGAAGAAUUACAAGAAUGCUGCGAUAAGCUGUUUGAGCAGUAUCUGGCAUACAUGGAGAACUCUGCCAAGAGGAAAGCCUCCGUCUGGCCCUUCCAGAUGAUGCUGCUGAUCCUGUGCCCUAAAAUUUUGGAAGAGAUUAAUAACGCCGAUGGAGGGGCACCUUGUUCACAACAGCAUUUAAAAAAGAAACUGUUUAUAGACGAGGUGAAGAAGACGAUAUCCAACCACCACAGCUGCAACAAGCAGCUGGCUGAGGGGGCGGCGGUGCUGUGUGUACGUCUGUGCAAGGCCUCCACCUACAUCAGCAUCCAUGACCGCCUCAAUGUCCUCUUCAGUCUUGUGCAAUCCAUCAUUGUUGACCUUAAAUCUCUUCUGUUCAACCCACCAUCCACCAGCAAAACAUUCUCCCGUGCACAGAACAUCGUUGGCCAGGACCUUGAUCUAUAUAUAGACUGUUUUGUGUCAUGUUUUCGCAUCACCCCGCACAAUAAUGAUGUUCUGAAAGUCUGCCUGAACCCGCAUUCCCCACCCAUAUAUCAGUUUGUGCUGGUCAAUGCAUUGCAUCGUAUCAUCACACAGCGUCGACUUGCCUGGUGGCCCAAUAUCAGCAUCAUAUACAACAAGGCUGCGGAGCUGCGUAACAUGUUCACGGAUACCCUAAACAAGGUCACGCAGGGCAUGGCCAGUCACACACCACCCAAGAUCACAGGAGUGGGCGGACUCUCUUAUAGCUUGACCCGAAUGACGAUCAGCAAACUGACGAAGGCCACUGAUGAGACGAUGACAACAUAUCGCUACCUGCUGCUGUGGAUUGUACGCCUCAUCCAUGCGGACCCUAACCUAAUGCUAUAUAAUCAAGGCAAGCCUGGCCAUGAGAUCCAAAGCAGCACUCUGGACCUCAUCAACGGUCUCGUGUCUCUUGUACACCAGCAGUGGAUGCCUGAAGACGUUGCUCAGGAGGCCAUGGAGGCUCUGCUGUGUCUCCACCAGCCUGUGAACAUUGAGCUAUGGAACCCAGAGGCCCCCAUCAACACAUUCUGGGAUGUCAACUCCCAGGUGCUAUUCUCAAUCUCCCAGAAACUGAUCCAGCAUCAGAUAAUUAACUACACAGAGAUCCUCAAGUGGCUGCAGGAGAUCUUGAUGUGCCGCAAUGCCUUCCUUCAGAAGCACAGCUCCAACGCCAACGUUGGCAGUAACAUCCCUGUUUGCAAGCAGGCCCAUAUCAAACUGGAGGUGGUGUUCUUCAUGUAUCUGUGGAGCAUUGACAUUGAUGCGGUGCUGACGGCCAUGUCAUGUUUCCACCUGCUGUGUGAGGAGGCUGACAUUCGGUGUGGAGCUGAUGAGAUGGCUGUCACCCAGCUGUUGCCUAACUACAACGUGUACUCGGAGCUGGCUGCUACAGCCACUGAGCUCACCACAGGGAGGGCUGCUCUUCAGAAACGUAUCAUGGCUCUAUUGAGAAGGAUUGACCAGUCUACGCCCGGCACAUCUCAGGCCUGGGAUGACACAUUCCGCAACUGGGGAAUGGUUACUAGCUACCUGGAGGCGUACCCGAAAGAUCACAAGGUGAAAAUUGAGGACACUGCUUCUGUGGGUGACGCCAUAAGGGGCAAGCGAAAGCCUCCCCAUCACGCCAACACGGAACAUGAACUGGAGGACCAUUUGAAUGAGUGGGCAAACAUGACAGGGUUUCUGUGUGCCCUGGGCGGAGUUAGACUGCAGAGCAAAGUGCAUCGCACAUGUUCUCAGAGUCUGACGGGCCUUGAGGGCCGCAAGACAAGUCUGAUGCAGAGCUGUGCCACCUCGGACUCACAGUACUGUCCUGUCACACAGUUCAUCAGCAACCUCCUGAAGCUCCUUGUGUGCCAGAAUGAAAAGUUUGGGGCCCAGAUCCAGAAACAUGUGAAAGAACUUGUCGGUCAUGAGCUCAACUCAGCCCUCUUCCCCAUAUUGUUUGACCAAAUCAAAAUAUGUGUGGACAAAUACUUCGACCCAUCUGGACAGGUAAUAGUGACAGACCUAAGUACACAGUUUAUAGAGAACGUGAUCUUCAUCAUGAAGAACAUUCUGGAGAUGAAGCAAGACCAGCCUUGUGAACAUCUCGGAGUGGCCAGCAUAGAGCAGCUCAUGCUUGCUGUGGUCAGAUAUGUUCGACAUCUGGAUUCUACUGUGCAUGCAAUUCAGAUUAAGAUCAAACUGUGCCAACUUGUAGAAGCGAUGAUGCUACGGCGAGACGACCUGACGUUCAGACAGGAGAUGAAGUUCCGUAACAAGCUGGUGGAGUAUCUCACUGACUGGAUAAUGGGAAACUCCCACCAGGUCAACAUCCAGGGGGACAUCUGCAGCAUGUCACGGAAACAUGAAAGCAAAGGAAUGUCCCGUUCAGCUAGCGGUCUCCAGCGCUACCUUCAUACUAGCCCUGCCCCCAGUCUUGGCUUGAGCAGGGGGUCAGCCCCCUCAGUCAUUCAUCAUCAGCCCGUGUUCUUUCUUACUCAGCCCGCUGUCGUUGACCUUGACCAGGCCAGCAUGGAGGCAGUGGCGGCUCUGUUGGCAGGUCUGCCCUUGCAGCCCGAGGAGAGCGACCGUGGAGACCUGAUGGAGGCCAAGUCUCAGCUCUUCCUCAAGUACCUUACACUGUUCAUGAACCUGUUGAACGACUGUUCCGAGGAGGAGCAGGACAAGGCAAUGGACCCAAACAGGAAGCGGAGCACCUCCAACCUCAGUGCGCUCCGUAAUUGCACUGUUCAGGCCAUGUCAAAUUUACUGAAUGCUAACAUUGACAGCGGCCUCAUGCAUUCAAUAGCCCUGGGUUAUCACAAAGACCCCCAGACCCGGGCUGCCUUCAUGGAGGUCCUCACUAAGAUCCUACAGCAGGGUACAGAGUUUGAGACCUUGGCUGAGACAGCGCUAGCGGACAGGUUUGAGAGACUGGUUGAACUGGUGACAAUGAUAGGGGACAAGGGGGAGUUGCCUAUAGCGAUGGCCUUGGCGACUGUAGUGCCAACAUCACAAAUGGAUGAGUUGGCACGUGUAUUUGUGAAUUUAUUUGAUGCUAAACAUCUCCUGUAUCAGUUGUUGUGGAACAUGUUCUCCAAGGAGGUUGAGAUAGCAGACUGCAUGCAGACUCUGUUCCGUGGUAACAGCCUGGCCAGCAAGAUCAUGGCCUACUGUUUCCGCUUCUACGGGUUGGGCUACCUACGAGAGCUGCUCAACCCUCUGAUCAUGGAGAUGUUCCAGAAGGAAUAUGUCUGUCAGCAGAUCUCAUUUGAGGUGGACCCUGCCAGGCUGGAAACUGGAGAAAACAUUGAAGAGAACAAGAAAAAUCUUACUUGCAUCACACAGAAAGUGUUUGACGCUAUUGUUGGAUCAGCACACAAAUACCCGGCAAAACUUCGUGUCAUGUGCCACUGUUUGUACCAGGUGAUCAGUCUCCGGUUCCCCACAGACAGUUUCCUAGCAACAGGAACCGUUAUAUUCUUACGGUUCUUUAAUCCUGCGUUAGUCUCGCCUUAUGAAUCUGGGAUAAUUGACGUUGAAGCAACCCCUAAGAUCAAGCGAGGUCUGACGCUGAUGUGCAAGAUAAUGCAGAACAUAGCGAACCACCUGCUGUUCACCAAGGAGAACCACAUGAGAGGCUUCAAUGACAUCCUGAAAACAAACUUUGAGGCAGGACGCAGGUUUUUUACUGAGAUAGCCUCGGAUGUGGACAUACCGGACACUGGCAACCACAGCCUCUCAUUCAUCAAUGACGCCAAUGUGCUUGCGCUCCAUCGGUUGCUGUGGAACAACCAGGAGAAGAUAGGGGACUAUUUGUCCAGUAGCAGGGACCACAAGGCAGUUGGUAGACGCCCGUUUGACAAGAUGGCCACUCUACUAGCAUACUUGGGACCACCUGAACACAGACCCUUAGAUUCUCAAUUGUCAAUGACCAAAAUUCAUCUUCUGGCUGAUUCAAGAUGGAGUAGCAUGGAUAUGACGAGCACCAAGUUUGAAGAGAUCAUGUCUAAGCGGAACAUGCAUGAGAAGGAUGAGUUCAAAUCUCUCAAGAACCUUCACAUCUUCUACCAGGCUGGCACCUCCAGGGCAGGAAACCCUGUCUUCUACUACAUCGCCAGACGUUACAAAGUUGGAGAAAUCAACGGGGACCUUUUGAUCUACCAUGUGUUGUUGACCCUCAAGCCAUUCUACAAUAAGCCCUUUGAACUGUGUAUAGACUUCACUCACACCUGCGCUGAAAAUAGAUUUAGGACUGACUUCCUGUCCAAAUGGUUUGUGGUGAUGCCAGAGGUGGUCUAUCAGAACAUCAUGGCCACGUACAUCUACAACUGCAACUCCUGGGUCCGAGAGUACACAAAGUUUCAUGACCGCAUCCUCACCCCUCUCAAGGGCAACAGAAAGCUUGUGUUUAUUGACCACCCAGCCAGGCUGAAUGAGUACAUAGAUGUGGACCAUCAGAAGUUGCCUGGCUCUACCGUGGCACUGGAAGAGGAUCUGAAAAUAUCCAGCAAUGCUCUCAAACUAUCACACAAAGAUACCAAAGUUACCAUUAAGGUCGGGCCAAAUGCAAUACAGAUUACGUCUGCAGAGAAGAGUAAAGUGCUGGGUCAUCAGGUGCUCCUGAAUGACGUCUACUACGCUUCUGAAAUAGAGGAGGUGUGUCUUGUGGAUGACAACCAGUUCACCCUGACCAUUUCCAACGAGACUGGACCGCUGUCGUUCAUACACAACGACUGUGACAACAUCGUACAUGACAUCAUCCACAUCCGGACUCGCUGGGAGCUCUCCCAGCCCGACACUGUCACGGUUCAUACCAAGAUUCGUCCCAAGGAUGUGCCAGGGACGCUUCUCAACGUAGCCCUGCUGAACCUGGGCAGCUCUGACCCUAGCCUGCGCUCAGCAGCAUACAAUCUGCUGUGUGCCCUCACACAGACGUUUGAUCUCAAAAUUGAAGGACAGCUUUUGGAAACUACGGGUCUAUGUAUUCCUGCAAACAACACAAUCUUCAUCAAGUCCAUCAGUGACACCCUGGCCGAAAAUGAGCCUCACUUGACCCUGGAGUUCCUGGAGGAGUGUAUCCAGGGCUUUGGGAACUCCAACAUAGAACUCAAACAUUUGUGUCUAGAGUACAUCACUCCAUGGUUGCCUAACCUGACCAGGUUUUGUCGCCAUGCUGAUGAGAAUAAAAGACAGAAGGUGGCCCUGAUAUUGGACAAGCUGAUCACCAUGACGAUUGAGGAAGUGGAGAUGUAUCCCUCAAUCCAAGCGAAGAUCUGGGGCAACAUUGGUCAAGUGGCUGACCUGCUUGACAUGGUGCUGGACAGUUUCAUCAAGCGUAGUGUCACUGGCGGUCUGGGUUCCAUACAGGCUGAGAUCAUGGCUGACACAGCCGUGGCCUUGACCUCUGCAAACGUGCAGCUCGUCUCCAGAAAGGUCAUAGGGAGACUGUGCAGGCUUAUAGACAAGACCUGUGCUUCCCCAACCCCCACCCUUGAGCAGCAUCUGAUGUGGGAUGACAUCGCUAUCCUGGCCAGAUACCUCCUCAUGCUUUCCUUCAAUAACUCACUUGAUGUUGCGAGUCACCUGCCGUUCCUGUUCCACAUCGUAGCUCUGCUGGUGUGCACUGGGCCGCUAUCCCUGCGGGCUUCAACCCACGGCCUCGUUAUCAACAUCAUCCACUCCCUGUGCACAUGCUCACAACUGCAGUUCUCAGAAAACACAUUGAAAGUUCUGAAAAUGAGCUUGGCUGAAUUCUCACUGCCAAAAUUCUACCAGCUGUUUGGAAUCAGCAAGGUUAAAUCAGCAGCAGUGAGUGCUUUCCGCACAAGUUUCCGACCUGGGGACCGCUCGUUUACCAUGUCUGCUCCCGAACAUGAGAAAAUGCCCCUGUCGUCUCUCGAGACUAUAGUGGAUGCCUUACUGGAGAUAAUGGAGGCGUGUAUGAAGGAUAUCAAGAACUGUGAUUGGUUGACACAAUGGACAGAUUUGUCUAAAAGAUUUGCAUUCCAAUACAACCCGGCACUUCAGCCACGGGCCAUCAUCGUGUUUGGCUGCAUCAGCAAGUCUGUGACAGACUCCGAGAUCAAACAGAUGCUGAAAAUACUCAUGAAGGUCGGGGUCGUCUCCAUGGCUUUGGAGUCGUUUCAAGACCUGGUGCUGAUAGAAUCCAUUGUGAUGUGUCUGACCAGACUACAACCCAUGCUGAGAGCUGACUCGCCGAUCCAUAAGUUCCUAUUUUGGGUGGCGAUAUCUGUCCUGCAACUGGACGAAGUCUCGCUGUACGCGGCAGGACUCUCCCUGCUUGAGCAGAACCUACACACCCUGGACAAUAUCGGCAUCCUCGAUAAUGAUUCACUAGAGAAGAUCAUGAUGGAGACACGGGAUCCCUUGCAGUGGCACUUUAAGCAGCUGGACCACGCAAUGGGCCUCAGCUUUAAAGCCAACUUCAACUUCGCACUUGUAGGGCACCUACUAAAGGGCUUCCGACACCCGAUCCAGACCACAGUGUCUCGCACCAUCCGCAUCCUGCACCAUCUACUGGCCAUCACUAGCAAGCCCCUUGGACGUGACAAGUUUGAGGUGAACCCCCAGACGGUUCCAUACUUGGCUGCGCUGGUAUCCGUGUCAGAGGAGGUGCGCAGUCGUUGCCACCUGAAGCACCGCACCAGCCAGUACAUGAUGACAGAGUCCCCCUCCAGUGACAGCCUCAACACGGAUCUCCACCAGCCAGGCACUGCAUCAGGAGGUAUGAGUGCUGCAGGGUCAACAGGCUCUGUGACAGCCAGUGGGAACGGUUCUGCUGGGAGCACCAGUGUUACAGCCAGUGGGGGCAUUGCAGCCACACACAGCAGUGGGUCCGUAUCCACGACAACCUCCUCCACUUCAAGCACAGCCACGCCCCCUCCAACUCCUGCGUCCCCAGCAGCUCCCCAGACACCAGCGACUCCCACCCCCACCCAGGGCCCUUCCACUGCCAGCCCCCUGGCAACACCCGCAUCUCCACCGACCAGCUCUGCAGCGGGCGCUCAGGGUCAGAUACCGGGCCAGGCGCAAUCCUUGCCCAGCAACGGUGGACCCACACGUCAGAAAUCCUGGGAACUUUUGGACCAACAGGCCAUAAGCAAUGCCAAGAAAGCUACAUCAGUACCUCCUCAGAUACAGAAUCCUGCAACUGCUGUUGUCACACAACAGACAAAUUCCAAAGUGUGGAGGAGCCUGGAUAACGAAACUGCCAACAAUCCAGUAGCGGGGCAGCCUGUGGUCCCAGUUAUCCCUUCCCGGCCCCCUCUCUACAAGACCAGAAGCAGCUCACUACCUGCUCCUGGCACCAAGAAGAUGGACAGCGGGAAGUCACAGGCACGAGUCGGGCGGAGCUCUGUGUCCAACGAGAACAACAUUCUGUUGGAUCCUGAAGUGCUCACAGACUAUCCUACACAAGUGCUUGUUCUUACUGUGCUUGCCACUCUUGUAAGGAACACAACAGAUGAGAAUGAGACGAGGAUUCUCUAUGAAUACCUGGCAGAGGCCUCCGUUGUCUUCCCAAAAGUGUUCCCAGUCAUCCACUCCCUGAUGGAUGCCAAGAUCAACAAUGUGCUCAACCUUUGCCAUGACCAGGCCAUCCUUAAUGCGGUCCAGUGCAUCAUCCAGAACAUGAUCGCCUGUGAGGACCCCUCCCAGCAACAGUUGUCAUACCUACAGAGCAUUGGUUUUGGGGGCCUAUGGAGGUUUGCUGGGACAUUUGCAAAGGGUGCCCAAAGCAAUGACACGGCCGAGCUGUUUGUCAACUGCCUGGAGGCCAUGAUGGUGGAGACGUGUCUCCCUGGUGACGACCUUGACAUCCUGAACCCCUAUCCCAGCAGCCUUGGCAUCUCCUCCAACCUGAACCUCUCCAGCUCCAUGUCCAGCCUCAGUCUCAGUGUCAGCAGCAUGCACUCACCCACUGACAAAGACACAGACAAGAAUGGUGCCACUACCGCCAAUGGUGCCAGGAUGCGCCACGGAUCUGCCAAUAAUGUCCCCACAUGCAAGACACGCUCCGGUAGCCUGAAACGCAAGGACAGCAAAAAGAAAUUUGAUGCUUUGGACUAAAUAUUGUUCAAAAGAAUUUUUAAUGCAUAACCUGUCAGUUAAAUAUUUUGUUUAUUUUGGAGUGGUAUUUACUGGCUGUCUGAAAGUCGUGGAUAGCAAGAAAGAAUUCAAUGAUUGGGAUAAAAAAUAAUUAAGUAUUUGUUUGAGGUGAAGUAAUAUUUACAAUUAUGUAAUCAUAAUAAACAGGACUUUUGACAAACAGAAUUAAAAUACAACAACUGUCAAAACUUCAUUAAGUUAUUCAAGUCUGUUCAUUUUAAGAGGAACAAAUGUGUUAUCAAAAUGUUCUUUAGAUGUUAUUUUGUUAAAUGAAUUAUUACUUCAUUUUUACUUCUGUUUUUUUCAGAUGUUAUAACUUUGAAAUAAGCAAUAAGUUUCAGUAGCUAACUUUAUUAAAUGCCCUGUUAAAUUUUAGCAAACAAGGAAAAUCUUUAAAGGGGCCUUUUCACGUUUUGGUAAAUUGACAAAAUUAAAAAAAGUAAAUUUUAGUUUUAGUUAUUACAUUUGUGAGGAAACAGUUUACUACAGGACUCCAGGGGUCAGUGGUUUGAGCCCUGUUUAGGGUUACUUUUUAAAGUUUUAUUCUUGAUUUUUCUUGGGAGCUUUUGAGAUCAAAUGUUUACAUUUAUCAAUAUAAAGCAUUUACUGACAAACUUCAAUACAUGCCAAAAUCUGUUAAAACGCCCCUUUAAUAUUGUCCCAGAAAUCAGGUCGCGUUGUCAACAAAUAAAAACUCAAAGUUCAUGUUUCAAGACUCCUGAACUGAGACCUCAAAUAAUUCAGUACCUACCAAUUAGACACAAUCUUGAUACCAAAGUUAUGUAUAACUAUGUAUAGCAUUUACAAUAUUACAUUUUAACACAUUUGUGUUAAUUAAAUUAUAGUUACAGACGUAAACAUAGAGAGCAUUGGUUUGUUUUACUGGUGUAAUCUUAUAUUUUACUAGUUUAAAAAACAACAACAGAGAAAUGUGCAACAAUAUGGAAAAUUCCAUGAUAAAUCUGAAAGUUUGUUGCUUAACUCUACAACAUCCAUACCCAAGUGUUGGUCAAAUGUGUACUCAGAAAAUUAUCUCCUAAUUUCAACAAACAUAAUUUUUAACCAGGUUUUCCGAAGGAAAAAACUGGUUAUUAGAUUGGCGAAUGCGGGCGGGCUGGCUGGCUGGCGGGCUGGCUGGCUGGCUGGCUGGCGGGCUGGCGGGCUGGCGGAAUAAGCUUGUCCGGGCCAUAACUUUGUCGUUCAUUGUCAGAUUUUAAAAUCAUUUGGCACAUUUGUUCACCAUCAUUGGACGGUGUGUCGCGCGAAAUAAUUACGUCGAUAUCUCCAAGGUCAAGGUCACACUUUGAGUUCAAAGGUCAAAAAUGGCCAUAAAUGAGCUUGUCCGAGCCAUAACUAUGUCGUUCAUCGUCAGAUUUUAAAAUCAUUUGGCACAUUUGUUCACCAUCAUUGGACGGUGUGUCGCGCGAAAUAAUUACGUCGAUAUCUCCAAGGUCAAGGUCACACUUUGAGUUCAAAGGUCAAAAAUGGCCAUAAAUGAGCUUGUCCUGGUCAUAACUAUGUCAUUCAUUGUGAGAUUUUAAAAUCAUUUGGCACAUUUGUUCACCAUCAUGGGACAGUGUGUCCCACGAAAGAAUCACGUCAAUAUCUCCAAUGUCAAGGUCGCCACGACUAAAAAUAGAUUAAAAAAAAAAAAAAAACUUACAAAGGGGGUUAAUUUUUUUUGGUCAUUUCAAAAGUUCAGUUUGAGUUUUCUCCCUUUAUCAGAUUUUUUUUUCACAAUGAUAACCUGGUUUUGUGACAAUUUUGUCCCUUGUUUAUUAUAUUAAUUGAGAAAAAUUAAAUCAGUAAACAAGUAUGCUAAAAGUCAAUGUACUGAUAUUUUAUUAUUGUGGGAUUUUUAUAUUACAGCUUUUGCAAUGUUUUUAACUUUUUUCUUUUUUUUUUCAUUCAAUGUGUUCAUUUGUUUUUAUCAAUGUUUUUAUAGAUAUUAGAUAUUAUGAAUACCUUUCUAGUCCCAAUUGUGUAUAAAUAUGUUUUUGAUAUACCUAUCUGAGCUUAUUUCAUUUUUUAUUAGUAUGUACAUUGUUUGUUUGUUUAUUGAGAUGUAAUUUAAUCUUAUUAAAAAUUUACUUGCCUCUUUUGCAAAAAUUUCCAUCAACUAAUUUUCAAUAAAUCUUGUUGGAGGCAGAAUGAAAAAAGAACUUUUUUUGUCUCUGCAUAAAUAAAAAGUAUAAAACAGACUGUUUUAGUAAUACAAAAGAAUAUAAAACUAUAUUAAUAAAUAUAUAUAUAUAUAUAUAUAAUAUUGCUUAAGUAAAUAUGUUUAAUGUUUUUUCGUUGACAACACAGUGCAAUACAUUUUAUUCCUGUUUGCAUGUAUAAAAGGUAUAGUUGGACCAUAAUAAAUAUCUGUUAUAUUUUUCACAAUCGAAACUUGUAUGCUAUUAAUUGUUCAUGUGAAAAGAAAUGUAUUGCAGCACUUCAAACAAUUUUUUUAUCAAUCUAUAAUGUUUAUGAUUAAUCAGUACGCAAGCUUAUUUUGUGAGUCAAAGCAACUUUUUACAGAAGAAUUAUCAGUGUUAUCCCUUUUUGAGCACCAAUGAUAUAAGCCAAUCAAAUUUUAGACCACUGUGUAGAAUUCGUAUCCACGGGCUGAUGCUGGAAUGUAAAGUUUCAAACAAAGACAAGUUUGCUUCAAAGCCAAUGCUCAUAUGACAUGGAACAUACUAUGUUUUUGUUACAAUUUAUUAAUUAUAUGGAAAAUAGUAAACAAGCAAGUAUCAUUUCAAACAUAUUCUGGCUAAGGAGCAAACACAUUCAGUUUUAUUUCAACUGGACUGCUGGAUAUUAGAUAUGAGGCAGUUUCCAUUGGUCAAUUUUAAAUACAUGUACUACAAUUAGCUUUAAUUAUUGGCUUCAUGAGGUCACAAACUUUUCAGUGUCACAUUUCCACUAACUGCAACUAUACCGUGUAUAAAUGCAUUUAAAAAAAAUAUUUUUAUUCUAACAAUAUUUUACUUGUAUUUAAAGGCUGUUUAUUCAGAACUGUACAUGAUACCAUGUGUUUCACUUUUAACUCAAUUACCUCUGUGUGUUUGUUAUCAUAAUAAGAUUUUACUGGACACCAUUAAUGUUGCCAACAUGCAAUUAUCAAAUACCACUAUUUCAAAUCAGAAUGUUGCUAGUAUUGCUUCAUUUUGAAUUAUCUCCUAAUUACCUCCCAGUGAAUCAAUUUCAUGUAUUACAUUUACUUAAGUCUAAUGGUUAUCAAUUUUGUAUGUGCAAAAUACAUGUUUCCUUACUGAUACUGUGGUAUCACAUCCAAAGGAGUUUUGUGGAGUUCUGCUUUUAUAAGACUGAAUGUUCAUAUUUCAACUGUAAUAUUUGUUUCACGCUGACAAAAGUAAGGCUGUUUGUAUCCCACAAGUUACAGCCUUGCUUUUUUAUGUCCCCCGGUCUAUACUGGGGGACAUAUUGUUUUUGCCCUGUCUGUUUGUUUGUUGGUUUGUUUGCGUCAAACUUCAACUAUGGCCAUAACUUUUGCAAUAUUAAAGAUAGCAACUUGAUAUUUGGCAUGCAUGUUAUCUCAUGGAGCUGCACGUUUUGAGCGGUGAAAGGUCAAGGUCAUCCUUCAAGGUAAAAGGUCAAAUAUAUGGGGGGGGGGACAUAAUGUUUCACAAACACAUCUUGUUAUUGUUGUAAUCAGUGAAGACCCUACGUAACUUUUCUUUAUUGUACAUGAAUUAGUGUCUAAUUGUGUCAUACAAAAAAAGGUCUUUCUUACUAGAAAGAAACAAAAACUCAUUUGUAAAAAGUUAAAUAAUGAUACAUUAGCAUCAUGUACUUGUAAAAAAACAUUCUCUGUAAGGAAAAAGAUUUUGUCCAGUUUCAUUUUUCCACCUUUAAUAACUUAAUUGCCAGCUUUGGGAUCCAUCUUAAGCAAUUUUGCCAGUUUUUGAUGAGUUAAUAGAUGCCAAUGGGUUGUUAGCAACAGGGCGGAGUUGUGGUAGCUGUCUGGGAAAAUAACAUAAAACUGAUUUUGUUUUUCUUGUAAUGUUGGACUUUAAGCCCGAUUUGGGAUUGGGUAUGGAAUUAAAAUUGUUAAGGUCACUGUUACAAAAAAAAGAAAAGGAAUCAACUUGAAUCUCGUUAAUGAAUUUUGUUACUGUUAAAAUACUUCAAUUAUUUAUACCUCAAAUCCAGACCUGGCUUUGGAUAGUAAAAAUAGUAAAAUGAUUCCCACUGAAAAUUAAGGGUUAUGUGUUGUGUAUUUUUUUUUUACAAAAAUCCCUACAUUUCUUAAAGAAACUUUCUUUAGAAGAAAAUUAUCAUAAAAGCGGAAAGUGUCGUCCUAAAUUAGCCUGUGGAUACUGCACAGGCUUAUCUUGGAUGACACGUUACGAACAUGCAUAAAAACUCUUUUCACAAGAGCAUGUCCCAAAUAAAUCAUGGUCUAAUAUUUGUUAAUUAAUAUGUGUUUGUUAUCGAGAUUGUGUCAUGUGAGUACUGAUUGUGUUGACCUUUGUGGUUAUGUGCAUUAUUUUUUUUAUUUUAUAGUUGACACAAGUUUGUAGUUAAUAAAAUGGAAUUGAUAUCUUGGACAAGCAUGUGCUUUUGUGUGUAUCAUUAAUGUAAUCUUAUCCAUUAUGUGAAUUGUUAACUAUUACUGUGUUGCUGAUGUGAAUAAUUAACUAAAAAGAUUUCAUUGUUUUGUACAUCCAUAAUUUCUUUUCAUAUCAUUAAUUUUAUAUAUCCUAAAUAAUAAUAGGACACCUUCUAUAUUAUUUGUUCCUCUGCUCCUCUGUUUUGUCAAGGUCACAAGAAGUUGGCAUAGUGCAUAUCGCCACAUUUUAUUUAUAUUAUAGUGUAAAUUGUUUAAGCUGUUCAUACUUUGUUAUUAUUAUCUUAACUGCUUGUUGCUUCUUUAUAAGUGUCCUCAAUAUUGUUUAUUGUUUCAAUUGUGCUAUUAUUGUGAUCAAAGUCAAAAGUAUUGAAAAACAGAAAAUCUU